UCUACUACCACGCUUACCGAGUAUUAACGAGUUUCGUGGAUAAGCAAUUUGCUGUAAUUUUAAAAAUUAUAUAUAUGGUUAUUAAUUUAAUUAUAUAUUAAUAUUUUGAAAAAAAUAAAAAAGUGUUGAUAAAUUUAGGAAAUAUAAUUGAUAUAACAUUGGAAAUGUUAUUUUGAAUUACAUGAUCGUGUGAUAUAUUUGUAUAUAUAUACAACCGAACAAAACGUGUACGCGUCGAAUGAAGUGCAGUAACGUUCAAGCUACUUAAUUUAUAUACUGAAUUAUAUUUUGUGUUAUAUUGUGAAAAAGUAUAUAAAAUAAAAAUAUUGAUGAUCAAAAAUGGAAAAUCAAAAUGUUCCUUCCAUCAAAAGUAAUAAUCCUGCUCCAACGGUUGAGCAGAUUAAUGCAGAUAAAAUAACUCAGUUGGCCAACAAGUAUUGGGCACCACAUACUACAGAUAUACAUCUUCCAUUUAAUUCUCAAAUAGUAGAUGACAUUUAUAUUCAAGAAAUAUGUGCUUCGAAGUUUUCAAUUCGGCGCAUUAUGAUGCUAGAAUUCAGUCAAUAUUUGGAAAAUUUUCUUUGGCCAAAUUAUCAUGUGGAAAGUGCUACACGUGCUCAUACUAUGUCUAUUGUUGUUAUGGUCAAUGAGAAAUUUCGAGAACGUGUACAAGUUUGGGAGGCAUUUGAAAAAAAUCCUACUCAUUUUGCAGGAUUUUUUCAGAAAGUUCUCGAAGCAUGUUUAGAAGAAAGUAUAAUGGAUUUUGAUCUUAAGGAACAAACUGCUCUUAUUGUUUUUUUGAAUCAUUGCUUCAAUUCUAUGGAAGUACCAUUAGUUAGAGAAGAAGUUAAGAGAUUGGUAUCGUUGUCUAUGUGGAUUUCAUUGCAAGAGGGACGUAGAGAAUUAGAAUUUAAAAAAUAUCCAAAAUGGAGAAAAUAUUGGAAGGUUAUAAGAAAAAAAGAUAACCCCGAGUUGAAAGAAAAAUUAGAAUGGGAACGUAAAUUUUUGCAUAGACUAAUGAUUAAAUUUAUGACUAUAUUAGAAACAAUUCCACUUGAAGAACCUGUUUUCCCUGACAAAAUACGUUAUUGUGAAAGAUUCUUGGAACUGAUCAUUGAUCUAGAGGCUCUUCUACCAACCAGACGCUUUUUUAAUACUGUGAUGGAUGAUUGCCAUUUGGUAGUACGCUGUCAACUAUCUAAUUUGUUGCAUCGGCCAGAAGGUGGACUAUUUGGUCAGCUCCUGGAAAUGCUGAAGUUCUAUGCCAGAUUCGAAAUUAGUGAAGAAACGGGAGAUCCUUUGACCGAUCACGAUAUGACUCAAUUACAUUAUGCCAAAAUUACGUCCCUUCAGAAAGCGGUUUUCGCUAAAUUUCGUGAUCUACGGAAUUUUGCUUUGGCAAAUGUAGCAAGCGUGGAUACCAGAGAUGCACUUAAUAAACAUUUUGGAUCUCUUAGUCAAGAAGAAUUGAAAUCUAUUGCAAGUUAUUUAAAUCUGGUACCACCAAAGGAAAGAGAGAAGAAUGAAAAUUGGUAUCGCUUGGACAUAGAUUUUCUUCGAGAAUUAUUAAUAUCGCGACACGAACGUAGAGCAUCUCAACUCGAAGAAUUAAAUGAAAUGCCACUCUAUCCAACCGAGGAUAUCAUUUGGAACGAAAGUAUCGUACCAACCGAAUAUUUUUCAGGCGAAGGCUGUUUAGCUUUGCCGAAAUUAAACUUGCAAUUUUUAACUCUGCACGAUUAUCUUUUAAGAAACUUUAAUCUUUUUCGUUUAGAAUCCACAUAUGAAAUACGUCAAGAUAUCGAAGACGCUGUGAGUAGAUUGAGUCCAUGGCAAGCAGAAGAUGGUGGUGUAUAUUUUGGUGGUUGGGCUAGAAUGGCACAACCCAUUACUCAAUUUGCAGUGGUUGAAGUAGCCAAACCUAAUAUUGGUGAAAAGAGACCAUCCCGAGUACGUGCCGAUGUCACGAUCAACUUGAGUGUUCGAAAGGAGAUCAAGUCAGAAUGGGAAAAUCUUCGGAAGCAUGAUGUUUGUUUUCUUAUUACAGUGAAACCACAAAAUCCAAUCGGUACAAAAUAUAGUCAUAAGCUUCCUUUUAUACCACAAGUUGGUUUAGCGACAGUACGUGGAUGUGAAGUAGAGGGUAUGUUAGAUUCCAAUGGAAGAGUUAUAGAAGAUGGCCCUGAGCCAAGACCUAUUUUACCAGGAGAUACAAGAACUUACAGAGUAUGGUUAGACUCUAAUCAAUAUCGAAUCGAUAUGGAUAACGCUAGUCACGGGGGUGAAGAUGUUUACGAAGGAUUUAAUGUAAUAAUGAGACGAAAGCCUAAAGAAAAUAACUUUAAAGCUGUUUUAGAGACUAUACGAGAACUCAUGAACACGGAAUGUGUUGUUCCGGAUUGGCUUCAUGACAUUAUACUUGGAUAUGGUGAUCCUGGUGCUGCUCGUUAUUCCAGAAUGCCGAAUGAAAUAGCAACGAUGGAUUUCAACGAUACGUUUCUCGAUAUAAACCAUUUACGAUCUAGCUUUCCACAUUACGAGAUUAUAGUAAAAUGCGAUGAACCAGAAAAACUCGUUAGACCUUUCCGAUUGACGUUCGAAGAUGUUAUCGCUAAACAAAAUAAUGAACAUAUUGACAAAAUUAUUAUAGUUGAACCUCACGUACCUCCUAGCCGAGGUCCAUACAAAGCUAAUGAACCUAAAAAAAAUCAAAUACCUUUUACACCAACACAAGUGGAGGCCAUCAGAGCUGGAAUGCAACCAGGUUUAACACUUGUAGUAGGUCCACCUGGUACUGGUAAAACGGAUGUAGCAGUUCAAAUUAUAUCUAAUCUUUAUCAUAAUUUUCCUUAUCAAAGAACACUCAUUGUGACGCAUUCAAAUCAAGCACUAAAUCAAUUGUUUGAAAAAAUUAUGGCACUUGAUAUAGACGAACGUCACUUGUUACGUCUUGGUCAUGGAGAAGAAGCAUUAGAAACUGAAAAAGAUUUCAGUAGAUAUGGUAGAGUAAAUUAUGUGCUAGCUAAACGUUUAGAUCUACUUAUGGAAGUACAAAGACUACAGGAAUCAUUGAAUGUGAAGGGUGAUGUAGCGUAUACAUGUGAGACAGCAGGACAUUUCUUUAUGUAUCAAAUACAAACACGUUGGGAACGUUUUGAGACUAAAAUUAAACAAAGACAAGGAUCAGACGCAUCGUCGUCGUCGGCUUUUAUCGUGGAUGAAGAAUUUCCAUUCCAUAAAUUCUUUGAUAAUGCACCACAACCAUUGUUUAAACAUAAGUCAUUUGAAGAAGAUAUGGAGAUUGCACGUAGUUGUUUCCGAUAUAUUGAAAGAAUAUUCGCACAAUUAGAAGAGUUUAGAGCAUUUGAGUUGCUCAGGUCCGGACUUGAUAGAUCUAAAUAUUUACUAGUGAAGGAAGCAAAAGUUAUAGCUAUGACGUGUACGCAUGCAGCUUUAAAAAGGCGUGAACUUGUGGAUAUGGGUUUCAAAUAUGACAACAUCCUAAUGGAGGAGUCUGCACAAAUUUUAGAAAUUGAAACUUUCAUUCCGUUAUUACUCCAAAAUCCUCAAGAUGGUUAUAAUCGUUUAAAACGUUGGAUAAUGAUUGGAGAUCAUCAUCAAUUACCACCUGUUAUUAAAAAUAUGGCAUUCCAAAAAUAUUCGAAUAUGGAACAAUCCCUUUUUGCACGAUUCGUAAGAUUAGGUGUUCCAACAGUUGAUUUAGAUGGCCAAGGACGAGCCAGGCCAAGUAUAUGUAAUUUAUAUAAUUGGCGAUACAAAAAACUUGGUAAUUUAUUACACGUAGAACGUAGUGCUGAAUAUUUAGUGGCAAAUGCAGGUUUCCUUUACGAUUUUCAAUUGGUUAAUGUUGAAGAUUUCAAUGGUAUUGGAGAAAGUGAACCUAGCGCAUAUUUUUAUCAAAAUCUCGCUGAAGCAGAAUAUUGUGUUGCUGUAUUUAUGUACAUGCGUCUGUUGGGUUAUCCAGCGGAUAAAAUUAGUAUAUUAACUACAUAUAACGGUCAAAAGCACCUUAUAAGAGAUGUAAUCAAUAUAAGAUGUGCAAAUAAUCCAUUAAUAGGUCGGCCAAACAAAGUAACCACCGUUGAUAAAUAUCAGGGUCAACAAAAUGAUUAUAUAAUAUUAUCUCUAGUAAAAACACGAGCAGUAGGUCAUUUAAGGGAUGCUAGGCGUCUCGUGGUAGCAAUGUCAAGAGCACGGCUAGGUCUAUAUGUCUUUGCCAGAGUAUCGCUCUUUAAAAAUUGUUUCGAGCUUACACCUGCAUUCAAUCAAUUGAUGCAGCGACCGUUAAAGCUUCAACUUUUACCACGAGAAACUUAUCCUACUGAUAGAUUAAACGAUGCUAUUCCAUCUUCGUCUUCAAUGGAAAUAGAAGACAUGCCACAUAUGGCUAAAUUCGUUUACGAUUAUUAUAUGGAAAAAGUGAGUGGUAUAAAGGAAUCACAAAAGAUGUGGCAAAAACCAGGUAGUAUGCAAACAUCUGGUAGUCCAGUACAUAAAGUCCCUGCUCAUCCUGGUGCUGAUGAUGACACAGAUGAUGAAGAAGAAGGAGAGCAACAGCAAGAAACACAAGAGAUUAUAAAUGAAAUAACCGAAAAUAAAUGCGAACCGAUACAAAACCUGAUAGACGAACCAACUUCUGAAGCUGAAGAUAAUGACGAAUAAAUGUGUGAUUAAGUUGGCUCUUUAUUAAACAUUUAAGUCCCUAGUUAUAGACAACCAAAAACGAUUUAAAAAUUCUUUGAAAAUCGAUUGAUAAUGUCAAUUCUAAGAAUAUACAUUUUAUUAAAGCGA